AUGCCGACGGGGGGCAUUCACGGCGACGCCGGGCCCCAUCCGGUCACGGCCGCCGACGCGACCGACUCGGGCGGCAGCGGCAUCGCCGCCCCGUACGGCCGCGCCUGCACCAACUGCUCCCGCGCAAAGUGUAAAUGCAUCCUCCGCCCCGUCGGCGGCGCCUGCGAGCGCUGUCACCGCCUCAACAAGAUCUGCCAGCCGAGCAACCCCCAGCGCAAACGCUCCAAGAAGCCCCCCUCCAGCCGGACCGCCCAGCUCGAGGAGAAGCUCGACGGCUUGGUCACCCUUCUCAAGCAGUCCGGCAGACCUGACCUUCCGGCGAGCCUGGGCGUGGACAUCAGCGGGAUUCCUGGCGUCGUGCCCCCGCCUGCUGCUGCUGCUGCCGCCUCGGCUGCCUCGUCGAGCGGUGGCGUAGCAGGCAGGGAAGAGUCCUCGGAGCAGCCCGACAUCUGCAGCAACGGGUACGGCGCGUCCCGCGGCCGCGAGGGCGGGGCCGGGGCGAGGGGCACCUCGCUGCCGACGCCGACGCAGACGGCCAGCCCGGAAGGGACGGGGUACGGCGACGGAGACGACUUCCUGCCCUCGCCGGACGAGGCGGAAGCCCUCUUCGAGGCGUUCCGCGGGCAGAACCUGCGGUACUUUCCGUUCCUGCACUUCAGGAGUACGAUGACGGCGCGGGAGCUGCGCGCGGAGAAGCCGUUUUUGUGGAUCUGCAUCAUGACCGUCGCCUCGAGGGUCGCCAGCCAGCAGCUCGCGCUGGGGCAGAGGGUGAGGCACAUCGUGGGGCAGAAGCUGCUCGUCGAGAACGAGAGGAGUAUUGACUACCUGCUUGGUUUACUUUGUGUUUUGGGGUGGGCAAAUCAUCAGCUGGGUAACAAGCCCUUUAUGUGCCUCUUUUGCCAGAUCGCCAUCGGUCUGGUCUUCGACCUGGGCCUGUCCAAGGACCCCGUCGACGGCAUGAACCCGUUCCUCUGUUGGAAGGCCGCCCAGGAGCGGGCCGACAAGGAGAAGAGCAACGUCCAGAGCCUGUUUCUGAAGAACCAGAUGCCGAGGACCAUGGAGCAGCGGAGGGCCGCCCUCGCGUGCUACAUGAUCACCUCCAACGUCGCGAGUUUCCUGGGCAAGAUGGAUCCCCUCCGCUGGACGCCGCACAUGGACGAGUCCCUACAGAUCCUCGAGGCCAACACCGCCGUCCCGUCGGACCAGACCCUCGUCGGCCUCGUCAGGAUGCAGCUCCUCAACGAAGAGGCAGGCCGCCUGUCGUGGCGUCCGGAAGUAACCUACGACGCGACCGACGCAGCGAGGACGCCGCCCUCGAUGUACGUCAAGCUCCUCCAGGGCCAGCUCCAAAAGAUCCUCCAAAACCUACCCUCCGAACAACAAAGCUCAGACACAAUCAUCUCGCAACUCCACUCCACCGAGCUCGCCAUCCAAGAAAUCGCCCUCUCCUCCAAGACAGGCGCCUGCGUCCCCGCCAACCUCCCGGACGUCGCCCGCCUCGACAUCCUCUACGCCUGCCUGCACGCCGUCAAGUCCUGGUUCGAGCACUUCUUCACCCUCCCGCCGGCCGCCUACUACGCCAUCCCCUUCCCCUUCUUCGCCCAGCUCUCCCACUGCACCAUCGCCCUCUACCGCCUCACCGUCCUCGAGGACCCCGUCUGGGACCGCCAGAGCGUGCGCAACACCCUCGACCUCAUCUCCACCCUCGACGAGGUCGCCGAGCGCUUCACCCGCGUCUGCUCCGAGGCCGGCCUCAACAUCGACGUCGAGGAGGGCAACGCCUUCGCCAAGGCCGUCAAGACCAUCAAGGGGCUACGGGGCACGUGGGAGACCACGCUGGGGCCGCUGAUUCCGCCGGCGACCACGACAGCCGGUGCGGAUGCCGGGGUCGCGGGCGUGCUUGGCGCCGGGGCUCCUCCGCCGGCCGGGGUCGGGGAUGUGGAGUUUAGUCAGCUCGGGCUGGAUCUGAUGGAUAACCGGUGGUUUACGGACAUGUUUACCCCGUUUGACUUUUGA